CUCAUCUGUAAAACCAGAAAACAGUAAUACUUAACUUUCAUGGGGUGGCUGUGAGUACUCACUGAGCAAACUCAUGAUACCCGGCAGCCCUGUGUCAUUGUUAGUGUCUGUUAUUCAUCAUUUUAAUCACCAGUGAUUAUUUCUAGUUUAGGCAUUCUGAAUCAUCUCUCCGCUAAACCAGCUAUCUCUUCGAUCACAUCUAAUAUUAUUCUGAGUUACUUGUCAUGGAAAAAGAAUAAUUUUCCAAAUUCCAAACUGGCAGAGGGAAAGCUGCCUUGCUGUGCUGGAAAAACCCGUGGAGUGAUAAGUGGGGGCUUUGGAGCAGGACAGUCCCUGGGCUGAGCACUGGCUCUGCCGCUCACUCACUGUGCGGGCCUGAAUGUGUCAUUUAACUCCCUGUGCCUUCGUUGCCUUAUCUGUAUGGAGAAAAUGAGCUGAUGUAAAUGAUUUUAGCUGGCACGGUGGCUCAUGCCUGUAAUCCUAGCAUUUUGGGAGGCCGAGGUGGGUGGAUCACUUGAGGUCAGGAGUUCAAGAGCAGAUGCCUAUAAUCGCAGCUACUCGGGAGGCUGAGGCAGGAGAAUUGCUGGAACCUGGGAGUCGGAGGUUGCAGUCAGCCAAGAUCGUGCCACUAUACUCCAGCCUUGGUGAAAGAGCAAAACUCUCUCUUUCCACCAUCUUCCGCGCCGCCACAAUGGUGUGCAUGAAUGUCCUGGUGGAUGCUCUCAAGAGCAUCAACAAUGCCGAAAAGAGAGGCAAACGCCAUGUGCUUAUUAGGCCAUGCUCCAAAGUCAUUGCCUGGUUUCUCACUGUGAUGACAAAGCACGGUUACGUUGGCGAAUUUGAAAUUACUGACGAUCACAGAGCUGGGAAACCUGUUGUGAACCUCACAGGCAGGCUAAAUAAGUGUGGAGUGAUCAGCCCCAGAUCUGAUGUGCAACUCAAAGAUCUAGAAAAAUGGCAGAAUAAUCUGCUUCUGUUCCGCCACUUUGGUUUCAUUGUACUGACAACCUCAGCUGGCAUCAUGGACCAUGAAGAAGCAAGACGAAAACACACAGGAGGGAAAAUCCUGGGAUUCUUUUUCUAGCGAUAUAAUACAUAGAUUUACAAAUAAAAUGCCUCAUGGACUCUGGUGCUUCUAAAAAAACAAAAGAGCAAAACUCCAUCUCAAAAAAAAAAAAUAAUAACUGUAGCAGAAGCCUCGCUGGACUGUCUACCAGGCCUCUCUGGGAACUGUCCCCAGCCCGGAGA